AUGUCGGCCCCGCUUCCCAAGCGGAUCAUCAAAGAGACGGAGAGACUGCAGAAUGAGCCAGUGCCCGGCAUCUCCGCUCAGCCGCACGACGACAAUGCUCGAUACUUCGACGUGAUUGUGGAGGGACCAGGCGGCAGCUGCUAUGAGGGUGGUGUAUUCCAACUCGAGCUCUUCCUCCCAGACGACUACCCGAUGUGCCCACCUCGGAUACGCUUUCUCACGCGCAUCUACCACCCAAACAUCGAUCGCUUGGGCAGAAUCUGUCUCGACGUCCUCAAGAACAACUGGUCUCCCGCUUUGCAGAUACGCACCAUCCUUCUCAGCAUACAGGCACUGCUAGGUGCACCAAACCCAGAGGAUCCAUUGAACGAGGCAGUGGCGAAGCAGUGGAAGGAGAAUCAGCCAGAGGCUAUCAAGACUGCGCGGGAGUGGACUGAGCUAUACGCCAAGAAGAAGUAA